CUUACUUCUUCAGUUCUCCAAUUUAUUCUUCGGUUCCCUGUAGGUCUCUACUUCUUCCUUCUUCGCUUGUUCUUAUUUUUCCAGUUCUUCGCUAUGUUGAAUUCUGAAAUAGAAGACCAAGUUUUCAACUUGUUCGAGGAUUUCAUGGCCAGGGUGGCCAAGUUUGAUGAUUUAGUGAAUCUGGGAAGCAUUUUACUCACUGGCUUUCAGCAGGGGCUGGAGUUUAUGAGGCGGGCUCCGGUAGAGAAGACAUCUGAGUUGGUUAAAAACAUAAUCCGAGCUAAUGAAACACAGAGAGUUAAGUCAUAUAUUGAAGCUGGAUGCAUCAACAGUGACGAUGGCAUGCAAAAUAUGAACAAGUGUAGGUGCAAUUGCUUUCUGUCUUUGGAUUCUUGGUUAGAUGAUUUAGGCCCUCUCAGGCCCAUAUCACCCUUAUUAUCCACUAAGUUGUAUGAUUUUAGAAAUUUAUACCGAGUUCUAUUUUAAAGCUGUGAUCUUUAUAAAAUUUACUUGAAAUAAUUGGAAUGAGUUAUAAUCUUUUCUUUCUCUUCAUUUGAUAGUUUUUUGGCCAUCUGUUACAGGUCACCGUUUGUACUUUUGCUCCCUUUUCCAACUGUAGUGUCAUUCUGUAAUGAUUUCUUUUGGGGCACUUGUUUCCUAUAGCUGUCUGAUAUUUGUAUUGUUCGUAAUAUUGGGUAUAUCUGAUGAUUGCCUUGUUUUUGUUGCUCUUGGGACUGAAUUUGCACGUA